GGCGUCACUCGUGACUCGACUCGGUGCCGGGCGGAGCGUUUGCACUCGCCACGCCACCUGUGGCCUAUAAAGGCAGCGCGCCCAGCACUCGGCGCCACCACGCCUCCUCCAGUCCUCCAGCACCCACGCGCAUAACUUCGGACUCCAGCCGCCGCUCUGCUCGCCAUGGACCCCAACUGCUCCUGCGCUGCCGGCGGCUCCUGCUCCUGCGCUGGCUCCUGCACCUGCAAAGAGUGCAAAUGCACCUCCUGCAAGAAGAGCUGCUGCUCCUGCUGUCCUGUGGGCUGUGCCAAGUGCGCCCAGGGCUGCAUCUGCAAAGGGGCGUCUGAGAAGUGCAGCUGCUGCGCCUGAUUGUACCCAGCCCUGUUCCCACGUGUACAUAGAACGACAGAUACAAACCUGGAAUUUUGUUUUGUUUUGUUUUGUUUUUUACAACUCUGACCCAUUUGCUAAGUUCCAUUUUCUGUGAAGUUUUGUUUUGGAUAAUAAAGUUGUUGACUUGA